AUGAUUAAAAUCGCAUAUGCCUUCCAUCCAUUUCCGGCCAACUGUAAGCCAACUUGUGAUGCCACUUUACCAGCUUCACCGACCUGGAAUUAUUCGCCACAUACACCACCAGCUGCUCCAUUGAAAAAUUCUAAAACACUAUCAACAACAAUUUAUGUCAAUUCUAUUCCAUAUACAGUUAUUCGUUUGCUUGGCGAAGGACUUCAUAGUAGAGUCUAUGCUGCAUACGAUCCUCGAACAGGUCAAUCUGUAGCGAUUAAAGUAGUACAAAAUCUUGAAUCAAAUGACAGUCAUGAACAUUUAAAAAUAUUUUUAAAAGAAAUUCGUUAUUUAACGAAAUUACAGCCACAUAAUCCAUAUGUCAUAAGAGUUUACAAUCAUGAAUACGAUAGUAAAUCUCAAACGGGUAAAAUUGUGAUGGAAACUGGACAUGAUUUUCGUUUUAUGUUACCAUUACAAGCACCACCGAAGAAGAAAAAAAUGACAAAUGCACAAGCUAAAUAUUAUUGGUAUCAAAUGGUUGAUGCUGUUGCUCUACUUCAUCGACAUGGAAUUGUUCAUUCAGAUAUUAAACCGGAAAAUUUUAUUAUGACACAAGGCGGUCAACUGCGAAUUAUUGAUUUAGGCCUUUCAUUUCGUUUAUCACACGCACAAACAUCUAUAUUAAGACCAUUUGCAGGUACACCCGAAUAUAUGCCACCUGAAGUAUGUCAAAUACAAAAUGGUCAAUAUUCUCGUCAAGGUCGACCAUCGGACAUAUGGGCACUUGGUAUUCUUUUAUUUGAAAUGAUUUUUGGUUAUCGGCCCUUUGAACAUGUUCAAGAUAAUUAUGAUAAAAUGUCUCACAUAGCUCGAUUAACACAAAAUCCCGUUAUACCGACUACACCCAAUACAUAUGUACGUGAUGUACUUCAACAAUGUUUACAAAUCAAUCCAAUGAAUCGUCCAAGUGCAGAUCAAUUACUACAACAUUCGUUCUUUAGUAAUUGA